CGGACGGUAAUUUGGUUUAAUGUCAAACUAAAGCGGCAUGUUCAACAAUAAGAUGGAUUACAUAAAAAUGACAAGUUUAUUUCAAAGUUUAUGUUAAUGUAUCUGCUUUUAUUACGAAUUGUCAUUAAGUGUUACAGUCAAAUAUUCAAAUUAGUGGAUUUAACAGGGCAAAAACGAGGAUGAGUGGUUUUGUUAAGAGACAAAAAACAUCACGUUAUUAUGGGAUGUUUGUGUUUAUUUUUGUGCAUUUGGUUAAAAAUAUAUCUGGACAAACAACGUUACAAGUCGUCUGGAUGGUGCCUUAUACGUCACAUCCGGAGGCAAGUUUUGAACAUAACGCAUCAAGUUCCGUUGCAGCGUUAGCACUUGGUCUGAAAACGGUAAAAGACCAAUCACUACUACCCAGUUAUGUGUUCAAUAUAACUGCCAUAGACACUGACUGUGACAGCAAGCAGGGUAUUGGAGCACUAGUUGAUAUUCUAUUACAACAUCAUGUUGACGUUGUAUUCGGACCCCCGUGCUCGAAAGUCGUGGAACCGAUUGGAGAGCUAUUGGCCUACAGAAAUAUUCCAGUGAUGAACUGGUUAUCUCUCGGACAAACCAUUUACAACAAGAAUAUCUUAAAUACAUAUACCAGAACAAUGGCUACUAUAGCAUCACUUGGUGACAUGAUGAGAUUUUUCUACCUAUACACCGGUUGGCGACGUCUGGUGCUGAUUUCCAGUGACGGGGAUGCUUAUAGAGGAGGAGCGACCACCAUCAAAUCUUCGCUAGUGUCAAACCCAGCUUACGAUUUCCUGAUAGCGCAUCAUUAUAGUGACGUCAAAAUCAAUGCGUCCAUUGCUCAAAUUGACCAGAUGUGGUCAACUAUUAUUUACGAGGCCAGAGUGAUAGUAUUGGUAAUACCACGAGCCGAGAUCCGCACGUACAUGAUUCGCGCCCACCAGAAAGGGAUGACGAGUGGAAAUUACCAGUUCCUGUAUGCAGAUGUUGAGCCGGCGGACGGUGAUGAUAUAUCUAACACUAGAAUAUGGCAACAAGGUGAUAUGUAUGACGAGAUGGCAAGACAGGCUUUCAGAAAUCUCCUCUAUUUUGGACUAGGGUUGGAUUCUUUGAACAUAUCAGAAUGGCAGAACGAGGCCUAUGAUGCCUACAACAAUACAUUUCUAGGUCGUGAUAAUAUACCAGUUGCUACUGAAUCGGACCAGUACUCAGCCUACCUCCACGACACCGUUUUGCUGUAUGCAAUGGCUUUAAAUGCGUCCCUCAUCGCAAACUCAACCCACGACGGAACUUCUAUUUUUACCUAUGCGUCAUCAGUAUUCUUCAAAGGGCUCUCGGGGGAUGUCGUGAUGGGCAACCUUGGUGAUAGACAGCCCACGUUUUUCGUAUAUGACAUGGACACAACUGAUACAUUUAUACAAGUGGCUAGACUCGCUUAUGUCAUCAACGAUUUGGAGACGGAAUACGAAAUUACAUGGUUAUAUACGAAGAUUAUUUGGGGUGAUGGAAGAACCACAGAUACUUAUAUUCCACCCGACACUCCACCUUGUGGAUUUUUCGGCGAAAAGUGUCCACCGGAAUCUACCAAAGACAAUACACUGACCAUUGUCUUGUCUGUUUGUAUCCCGGUGGCUGUUAUUCUGGUGACUGCGUUCCUAAUAUUAAGAUGGUGGCGAAAAGAACGUGCUCUACAGAAUAUGUCGUGGAAAAUUAAUUACUCUGACCUGAAUUUCAACUUCCAACAGAAGAAACUACCGUCAUCGUUUAUGCAAGCGUCUAGGUUAUUCAGCAACAGUGUCAUCAGUAUUGAUAGUACGAGUGUUUACGAAACUAUCCGAAGUGGAGCCACUUCCGUCCAGACCACGAGACAUUCAGCUAAUAGGGGGCAAAUAUUUACAACAGUUGCUAUGUUCAAAGGUGAAAUGGUUGCAGUAAAGUGGAGCACAAAGAAGAAAAUUCAAACCGAUAGGUCGUUCCUACUUCGCAUGAAAGAGAUGUACGAAUUAAAACAUGCAAAUUUGACCACAUUUAUUGGCAUGAGUAUUUCUCCUGAGAGAGUAUGUUGCAUCUGGGAAUACUGUACCAAGGGCAGUAUACAGGAUGUAAUUGAGAAUGAUGACAUUCAUCUAGACAUGAUGUUCAAGUUGUCUCUAGUUGUUGACAUAUGUCAGGGUUUAGAGUACAUCCAUAAGAGUAACAUACGUUACCAUGGUAACCUAAGAAGUUCAAACUGUGUUAUAGACAGUCGUUGGGUUUGUAAGUUGACUGAUUUUGGCACGGAGAAAGUAAAGCCUCGCCAUGACAAUCUAGAAGUUAUGGGGGAGCAUGCUUUUUACGCAAAACUAUUUUGGACGGCGCCAGAAAUUCUACGAAGGAUAUUGAAGAAAGAGUCAUAUGAAAGCACAAGUAGCGCAGAUGUUUUCGCUAUCGGUAUUAUAAUGAAAGAGUUGCUAUGUAGAAAUGAACCCUACAGUGCUCAUACUCAUCUGACUCCGAAAGAGAUAAUUCUAAAAGUGGCACGACCGGAGGAUCCCGACAAGUUGUUCCGGCCUGCUAUAACGCACGCUGAGCUUGAUACCGAGUACAGAAGAACAAGCACGAUUUUACUCAUACACCGUUGCUGGGCUGAGGACCCGUUGGCCAGACCCUCCAUGAAGACUGUUCUUAGAAUGUUAGAGAAAAUCAACCCAUACAAAAAGACAAGUGUUGUUGACAAUAUGAUUGCAAUGAUGGAAAAGUAUACAAAUAACUUGGAAGACAUUGUUGCAGAGAGAACACAGCAACUUCAAGAAGAAAAGAUAAAAACCGACGCUCUUCUGUACAGAAUGCUACCAAGAAAAGUUGCAGAAGAUUUAAAGAUCGGAAGAGCGGUACAGGCAGAAGCAUUUGAUUCAGUUACAAUAUACUUCUCUGAUAUUGUACGGUUUACAGACCUUGCUAGUGAAAGUACACCACUUGAGAUUGUAGGCUUGUUGAAUGCUUUAUACACAUUGUUCGACGACACAAUAAGUCAUUAUGACGUUUAUAAGGUGGAGACUAUAGGAGAUGCGUACAUGAUUGUAAGUGGCCUGCCGGAGAAGAACGGGAAUUUGCACGUGAAGGAGAUUGCAGGAGUAGCUCUCAGUAUAUUGGACAGUGUAUUGACUUUCAAAAUACCUCACAAACCAGACAGACAACUUCAAAUCCGAAUUGGAUUACACACGGGUCCAGUGGUCUCAGGGGUUGUUGGGCUAACCAUGCCAAGAUAUUGCUUGUUUGGUGACACUGUCAACACAGCAUCAAGGAUGGAGUCAAAUGGAGAGCCCCAGAAGAUACACAUUAGUCCAAGCACACAGGCGGCGUUAGCGAAAUUCCCUUUGUUUGAUAUAGAGGAACGAGGGGAAAUUCCAAUUAAGGGUAAAGGAAUGAUGAGGACAUUCUGGUUGACGGGUUUACACGUUGUUGCUUUAGAGGAUGGUGAAGAUGAUGAUGGCGAGCUUGACAUGGAAACUGAUCAGCCGUUUGGUGAUAAUGAGUUUUCCAUGGAAGAUCUAAAGGAAAACGGUUUAGGAGAUGAUGCAUCCAUGUCAGAAGAAAUUAAAGGCGGGCAAAACGGUGUCGGGAAAAUCAGUGUCGCCGAUUCCGGAAUUUGUAUUGAUAAAAGUACAGUUGUGACUGAGGAAAAUGACCAUAACAAUAUGGACAUAAUAUCAGGUGAUACCUGUAAUAGUGACGUUCAUGACGAUGAUAAACACGAGGUAUCAGCACUAAAACCUAGUACGGAGACACAUAAUGACAUUGCGUUACGGUUAAACGGGAAUUAUAAUAAUAAGUUACAAACUGUAAAGUUAACAGAAAUACAAGAAAACAAAUCAAAACCAAAUGGUGAACUACUACCUCUGGAGAAUUGUACUGACCACAAGGAAAGCACAAAUAUUCGGUUUCAUGUGUUACCAGUACAAAGCCCAUAAAACGGAAGAGAUCAGUCUCUGGUUUAUAAUUUAGUCCCAAUAUUACAUUUAUUUAUUUAUUCAUGGCUGGAAAUGGCUGGAAAUGAUUAUAAGCGAUUUGUUGUGCGUCAAAACGUCACGAAAGCAUAAGUAAACAAGACGGUAACUUAACUGCUGACAACGAGUUGGUGAUAUGUCCUGCUAUAUAUACAUUGGGUAUCUAACAGUAUACAGACAGCCUGGUCAGAUUUCAUAAAUAUGCAGGCUGGCCUGGCUCAAUACUUCUGGCAAAGGCUUAAAUUAUCACUUCCGGUUCAUUAAGAAAACGGGAGCUUAUUCAAGAUCCAAUCAAAUGUUCACAACUUUAGUUUGGGAUCCAAGCAUCCUGAGAUGUAUGGUACUUUAAGUGUGGACUUUGAACAUUUUAUGAUAUUUUACAUGAUUACACUUUCCUUUUGAGAAGGAAAUAAACACAGGUUUCUCAUUUUAAGGGUAAAUUUCUAACCUA